UUCGAAAUACACUGCUGUCCCCAGUCGAUGCAGAUCUGCCGAGUUGCUACCAAGCUGUUAAAUUUCAUUGUGAUACAUGUACUUGGGACGAGACCCUCCAUGAUUGAUAGAUUGGUUGAUCCUCCAUCCGUGCCGUCAAAUGCGACCUCCGUAGGAAAUAAGUGUAAGGUAGGUUUCGUAUACUCUUUCUCGCAUGAAAAAUGCAGUAAAGUACCCCAGGCUUUUAUUCCUGCCUGUACUCGCUAUUUAUCCCUUUCGCUUACUUUUGAGAAACAUGUCUUUUUAAUUCCCUUGGGCGGUUGGGCUAUCUCGCCUCGUAUUUAUUGCAGGAGGAAGGAGGAUGUCUUCAUAGUAGUAAUAUACCUAGGAUAUAUGCUGCCUUCUCGCGUCGCGUCUAGAUUAAUCAUCUUCACAGCUACACCCGUUAUCAGGCACAGACACGUUAGCUUCGAUUCGUACCUUAUGUAAAGAGUCGUUCACUCUGUCUUGGACUUUCAGAUUUCUCUCCGGUAUUAUAGGUCCGUAGGGGCCC